AUGGCCAAACCCAGACGUGAGACGGUUGAACCGAAACGGUCGAGCUCUCGCUGCUUGUCCGAAGUCGCUGGUUUUUCAGUCCAUUGUUAUGGUCUUUUCGUGACGUACAGUGCGCGAUCACAACGGACCAGUGGCCAGACGACUGACGACAGCAGAGAUAUCUGCAAUUCGAGAACAUAG